GUGGCGGUGUCUCAUCCCGCUGGGCUCGGCGAAGGCACACCACAGCGCUGUCCCACCCGGGCGACCAGCCGCGUGGAGAUGAAACGCUCCCGCGUGCGGUCGCCCUACGGCGGCGGAGGAAACAUGGCUGGCAUGCUGCUGACCCGUUGCGCGCUCUUCUGGAUGGCGCCGCUCACGCUGCUCCUGUUGGCCUUCAACGGGGGGGCUCUUGAGGGUUCUGGCAGCCACGACGAGGACAGGAUGGACCUGGUCGUUCUGCCAGUGGUGUUGCUCUUCGCCGUGUCCGUCUUCGGGCUCGCCGUGGACUGCAUGAUGAGGACCGGCGGCGCCAUCUGGAUCUUGCAGGCCGUGGUGCAAUCGGUGCUGCUGCUCGUCUUUUUCGGCACGGGCAUGCACAGGCCAGACGACCUGCCCGCUGCAGCUGACGUCGCCGAGCGCCCCGUGGGGGUCUCGCAGCAGUGGGCGCCCAAAUCUCGGCGGCGCGCCGAGGGGUGAAGUGAGAUGGGGCAGACAAGGCCUUCUCAGAAGGCGGCGGGGCUUCUCAGAAGCCCUCCAGCCUUCGAGAAACCGUGUGUGGCUUUUCGGAGGAGUUGCACCGGAGACCUCCUGAGCCCUCUGAGAAGCCCCCCGCCCCCUAUGCCUUCCCCCCUUCGGCGCGCCGCCGAAAAGCGCCCGUGGCCAGCGCGGCCGAGGAGGCACUGCUGGCCUCCCCGCCAGGCAGCUUUGGUGGCGGCCUGGCUCUGCGAGGAGCGGCGCCAGAGGGCCGCACCCUGAGCCGGGAUGAGCUCCUCGCAAGGCCCACCUCCAGGGGCAAGAUGUCCGUGGUGCUGCCCUGCCUCAACGAGAGCACCACUGCCACAAAGACGGUGAUGAGCUUCUGCGACAGGACGCCCAGCGACGUCUUGGAGGAGAUCAUCGUUGUGGACGACGGGUCCACGCCCCCUCUGUCGGAGGUGCUGCUGAAGGAGGUUCCGAAGCGCUGUCCGCUGAGAAUAGAGAGGCACGGGGCCCCCGUCGGUUUGAUGGGUGCCAAGCAGACUGGGGGUGACCAUGCCCUUGGGGAAUUUGUAGGUUUUUACGAUUGCCAUGUCGCCCCAAGGCGUGGUUGGGAAAAGCAGACGAUGCAGCUGCUGAGGGAAAAGGAGCGUCGGCUCGUGAUUCCAAUGAUCGGCACCCUCGACGUCACCAAGUGGGACGAGGUGCCUAACGGAGGGUCCGUCGGCAAGUGCUACAUGAAUUUCAACGCUGAUUGGUGGUGGUACAAUGACGACUCGCCGUACACCCCCGUCAUCAGCGGGGGCCUCGUGGCAACCACCCGGAACUGGUGGCGCGACUCUGGUGGCUUCGACAGCGGCAUGCACGGGUGGGGCGGCGAGAACACCGAGACAGCCCUGCGCGUCUGGCUUUGUGGAGGCGAUGUCAUACGCGCGGAUCAGACGAUGGUGGCCCAUAUGUGGCGUAACGACGCCGACAAGCGCACUGUCGCCCGCUACAAGCACACUGCGAAGUAUGACAAUGUGGCUCGAGUGGCUGCUGGCUGGUUCGAUGAGUUUUCGCACAAGUUUCGCAAUCAGGGGCCAGACCCAAGCAUCGACGUGACUCCAGUGAAGGAGCUCCAGAAGAAGCUUGGGUGUAAGCCGUUUGUCCACUUCUUGCACCGGUUCCGCCAGAUCUACGAAGGUGGAGGGCUGCUGCCCAAGCAGGUGUUCCAUAUCCGGAGCAUGACCAGCGGGAAGUGCCUGCAGAGGCACGAUAAGAGCUACCUGCUAGUGCCGUGCGGGGAGUCCUCUUGGUUCCACUUCGGCAAUCAAGCGCCAGCCCAGUUCCCGUCGCCAGAGGGCCUCGAGAGGGCGAUCGUCGGCGAGCCCGAGGACUCGGACAAAAAGACUGUAUGCGGGGGCCACUCGGUGACCGGAGGCUGCAGCAAGUGCCCGCAGGGCCAUGGAUCCGAGUGGUGCCACGGCGACUGCACUUGGGUCUUCGGCUCUUGUAUCUCCAAGGCCUCCGCAAGCAAGCUAGGGUUUCUGCCGGAGCGCUCCUGCUGCUCUGGCCUGCGCGAGUGGAAUUCGCUCGACUGCAUGGAGAAUCUGCAGGCAGCGCCGAAAGGGCCAGGGACGGCCCUCUGCGAUGUUGCGGGCGCGGCAACGCUCCAGCACUACAGCUUCGAGAGCGGCGGCCACAUACGCCACUUCUCGGGACUGUGCAUUUCUCAGGAUCUGGAAGGCGGCCAGUACCCGAAGGCGGUGGGCGCGAAUUGCGAAGAGGCCCACAGGUUCGAGCUAGCGGACGCCUUCGAGCCGGAGGAGACGCGUAUAUAUCGGGAGUCCGUUCUCAGGAACGGCCUGACAGACGACCUCCCGGACCACUGAUGGGGGGCGGCGCGGCGGCCCAUGCAGUUCGGCGCCCGUGCGGGCGCCUCUUCAACAGACCAGUGGCUGCAGAAC